CAGGCAGAUCAAUGUGGAGCCGGUGAGGCACCGCGACCGGCCCGCCAGCAUCCCGCCGGCAGCCGCGGCCGGCAGGACGAGCGCAGCCUCCCCAGCGCGGAAGAGGCCAGAGAGAAGGAGAUCUGACUUGUGGAGGGACUUCAGUCUGGGCUGUUACUCUUGGAGGACUGGGGAAAUGAGGGCAUAUCCUCCCUGCCCAUAUAGUCUGCAACUGAAGACACCUUUCAGGAGGCUGUGAGGGCUGCUGAAGAUGUCCGAUAGUCUGGAUAUUGAAGAAAAACCUCCAGCCCCACCGUUGAGAAUGAACAGCAACAAUCGCGAUUCUUCGGCACUAAACCACAGUUCAAAACCGCUCCCCAUGGCCCCUGAGGAGAAGAACAAGAAAGCCAGGCUUCGCUCCAUCUUCCCAGGAGGAGGGGAUAAAACCAACAAGAAGAAAGAGAAAGAACGCCCAGAGAUCUCUCUUCCUUCAGACUUUGAACAUACAAUUCAUGUGGGAUUUGAUGCCGUCACUGGAGAAUUCACAGGCAUUCCGGAGCAGUGGGCCAGGCUACUACAGACCUCCAACAUAACAAAAUUGGAGCAGAAGAAGAACCCACAAGCUGUUCUAGAUGUUCUCAAGUUUUAUGAUUCCAAAGAAACAGUUAACAACCAGAAAUAUAUGAGCUUUACAUCAGGAGAUAAAAGUGCCCAUGGAUACAUAGAAGCCCAUCCUUCGAGCACAAAAACAGCAUCAGAACCCCCGCUAGCUCCCUCUGUUUCUGAAGAAGAGGAUGAAGAUGAUGAAGAGGAGGAAGAUGACAAUGAACCUCCACCUGUUAUUGCACCACGGCCUGAACAUACAAAAUCAAUCUACACACGCUCUGUAAUUGAACCUGCCGCUGCACCAGCACCAGCUAAAGAAGCCACCACUCCCCAACCUGAAAACUCAAACACAAACACUUUGUACAGAAAUACAGACCGGCAGCGAAAAAAAUCCAAGAUGACGGACGAGGAGAUCCUAGAGAAACUGAGGAGCAUUGUGAGUGUGGGAGAUCCCAAGAAGAAAUACACUCGAUUUGAAAAAAUUGGCCAAGGGGCGUCGGGAACUGUUUAUACAGCAAUCGACAUUGCCACAGGACAAGAAGUGGCCAUAAAGCAAAUGAAUCUCCAACAACAGCCCAAAAAGGAACUAAUUAUUAAUGAAAUCCUGGUCAUGAGGGAAAAUAAGAACCCCAAUAUUGUUAACUAUUUAGACAGCUACCUAGUUGGUGAUGAACUCUGGGUGGUUAUGGAAUACUUGGCUGGAGGCUCUUUGACCGAUGUUGUUACGGAGACGUGCAUGGAUGAAGGACAGAUAGCAGCUGUCUGUAGGGAGUGCCUGCAAGCACUGGAUUUUCUUCAUUCAAACCAAGUGAUUCACAGAGACAUCAAAAGCGACAAUAUUCUUCUCGGAAUGGACGGAUCUGUCAAAUUGACUGAUUUUGGCUUCUGUGCUCAGAUCACCCCUGAGCAGAGUAAACGGAGCACAAUGGUUGGGACUCCUUACUGGAUGGCACCAGAAGUGGUGACAAGAAAAGCAUACGGCCCCAAAGUGGACAUCUGGUCACUUGGGAUCAUGGCAAUAGAAAUGGUGGAAGGAGAACCUCCUUACCUUAAUGAAAAUCCUCUCAGGGCGCUGUAUCUGAUAGCUACGAACGGGACACCGGAGCUGCAGAACCCCGAGCGACUGUCCGCUGUGUUUCGCGACUUUCUGAACUGCUGCCUGGAGAUGGACGUGGACAGGCGAGGGUCUGCCAAGGAACUUCUGCAGCAUCCAUUUUUAAAAUUAGCCAAGCCUCUCUCCAGCCUGACUCCUCUCAUCAUUGCAGCAAAGGAAGCGAUUAAGAACAGCAGCCGCUAGCGCUUCAGGCCGGCUUUCUCCCAUGCCAGCUCAGAGCAGGACUGAGAACAAAAACUCUAGAAAACCUCAACUCUUGUGCUGCAGGACAGAUGGAUGGAUGAACAAACCAACGGUCACAGUCAUGGUGGUAGGAGGGAGAACAACCCAGUCCCUCAAGGAGUAAAAAAUUAUCAUUUGUCUUCUUCCUGCUUUCUGGCUUGUUAAUUUAUUUUUAAGAUGAAACAGGGCUUAAGACAGAGAGGUAAUGACCGAAAAUGCUUUGCUGCCUCAACCAUUUCCAAGGUAAAGCAAAUUCAGUUGGAAGAUUCCCUUCCUUCUCACCCUGUGAAUAAGCUGUACAUUCACUUUUAAAUUGUCAGUUGUUUCUUAAAGAUGGAAAGUCUCUUUUAUGGGGUUUUUUUUUUGUAUGGUUUGGAAUUGGAGAAGGGUCUCCUUUAUUCAUAAACUCCAGACUGCACUGCCUUUUGAAUACAGCCCACUCGCUGGUAUUUGCCCAGUCAUGGUACUUCUAGACGAGGAAGAAAUUGAAAUUGCGUUUUGAACCAAAAACGAAUCAAGAGUGGGGCAGACAAAACAUCCUGUUCAGAUACAGGCUUUCAACUGUGAAUAUAUAGUGUUUCAGUUCUUGACAAUUUGAUUUGUAUAACUAAUUGUAACCUGUUUGCCUGGAUGAGAGUCUUACUAAGAUGAAAAAGCAGAAAGUUCAGUCAGUGUGCUCAGAAAGGGCUCGUCUGAUGCAAAGCUGUAAGAGAAACAUGAGGUAAGAGCGGGCCCAGCCUUGCCCGGUGCUGAGCCCCAGCAGACCCCUUGCAGAGUGCAGAGCAGCCUCAGCACCCGCAGAGCCAGGCUGGAAGAAGGAGCUUGCAGCAGACCAGCACUGGGUGCUUUGCCUCUUCCUGGGACCGGACUAAUCAUCCCGUAUCAGAGCCAAACUGGCAGUGGGCUGCCCCCGAGGUGAAAUCGUAGCCAUGCCGUGAAAUGCGCGGACUGGUGGGAUUAGUCAGCCUGAGUCCGUGCAGGAGUAGAGAAGGACAAACCAGAGCUGAGUGGUGUUGUCACUUCCAAGGAAGCCUACCCUCCGGGUCGUCUUGUAGCUCCUGGGAAAGGUUAGUAGCGUCUGCGCUGCUCUCGGCAGAGGGGGAGGGAGCCGGGCGGUGCCGCAGGCUCACGUGCAGGUGAGUGUCCUUUAGGCACGCGAGUUCUGCCGUGGAAAUGGAGCCCGAUGCGAGGGAGUGACAGCUUCCGCAGUUUAAAUAUGCAUGAGCCAGUGCAGCAGACAGCUCUGGGAGAAAGCACAUUAAAACCUGGAGUUCUACACCGAGCGAGAGCAAACUUGUGAAAUGCAGAGUGGAUCGCAGAAAUAUUUGGAGGCACCAAGCCAGCCUGCUUUCUGCUGUCCUGCAUACAGCAAGCACUGCUGAGUGCAGCUCUGAGUGGCUGGGAGGGAGGGAAUCCUGGAUGUGGCUGAGGAUUGCGCUUGACUAGUCAACUCAUUUGUAAGGGAGCAGAAUAGUUUGAAGUAUGCAAUUUGUGUUUUAUUUAUUAAUUUCUGAAGGAAAGACGCAAUGUGGCUUCACUCAGAAAAAGCAUUUGCAUGGAGUAUUUGUUGCUGUAUUUUGGUAGUACAACUAAUAAAGACCUUCAAAACAGCAAUUGAAGUAACAACCACCCAGUGAGCAAAAGAAAAAGAAAAAAAAAAAAAAAAAAGUAAAACAGAUUUCUGCUGUUUCUGCUGUAGAUCUUCAUGUUUAGGCCUGGUCCUGCAAAGGGCUAAGUAGCCUUUAAGGUACUAACCACCUUCAUGAUUUGCCAGUAGGAAUGAAGGAUGCUUGGGCUAUUCUUGAAUUAGGCCAGUAGCUUGUUUGGCUUUGGCUUCCUAUUUAGUCUUUGUGUUGCAACUGUCAUUAAUGCUGCCAGCUAACCUACCCUCGCUCGGUCUGUCCUGGUGUCUUGGGCCGAGGCACCAGACGGAGGCAAUGCUCUAUGAGUUACCACAGCUAAGUAUGAAUUAACCUUUCCUGAUAUCCUGGGGAGCACAACAGGUCUGAUUUUCAGAUGCUCAAAUAACAUGCCAGGGGGAGCUGCCAGGAGCUGGCAGCUCGCACCACGCCUGGGCCGGGAGCAAUGGUGGCCGAGCCCGCCCUCCCCACGUAUAAAAGGGGAGCCCACGGGGGGCGCGAGCGACCAGGGUGGGCAAACAGGGCACGACGUGUCAGCAAGGGAUAGACUACUGGAAUUGCACCCCACCUUCCCCAAGACAGGACGCGAAACACGGAGGAGUCCCUGUCUUCUCUCCGCCUGGCUGAACACAGUGGCCUAAGGGACGGGGGGGAAUGGUGACAAGUUCCCUCCCAGCACAGCACACACGUCUCCUCCAUGGCUGCCCCACCUCCCCGCGUGCCCUUGCAUAAUCAGUAUGAGGCUCUGCAAGUGGAACUGAACAAUGACGAAGAACGAUGGUUCAUCUAGCUUGAAGGUGCCACCGAGGUUAGGUUGGCUUACGCCCCGUGUCAAAACUGCUUCCAUAAACUAAAAAAGGUGGGUCGUUAUCAUAGGAGACUCUUCUGAGGGGAACAGAAGGCCCAGUGCACCAACCGGACCCACUUCUUGGGGAAUUCUGCCUCCCAGGGAGCCAGGUUAAAGGUGUGAAGAGAAAGCUGCCUACCCUGCUACAGCCCUCGGAUUACUAUCCAUUAUUGAUUUUUCACGUAGGCAGCAAUGAAGUUGCAGCAGGAAGUCCGAGGGCAAUCAAGAGAGACUUCAGGGCCUUGGGAUGACUGGUUAAGGAAUCAGGAGCACAAGGAGUAGCGUUCUUCUCUGUGCUCUAGUUAGUCGGAAUGAUGAGGGAAGAAACAGGAAGAGCCAGCAGAUCAAUAUUUGGCUCCAAGCCUGGUGUCACCAGCAGAAUUUUGGGGUUUUUGAUCAUCAGUUGGUUUACACAACACCAGGCCUGCUGGCGAGACAAGGUACCCUGUCGCAAAGGCCGUAAAGGAUCUUUGUGCAGGAGUUAGCAGGGCUCAUUGAAUGAGCUUUAAACUCAAUUUGAAGGGGGACAGUGAUAAAACCAGGCUCGCAAGAGAUAAGCCUGGUGGCAGCAGGCCAGUGUUUGAGGGAUGGUGUGCUAGCAAGGCCCUUCAGUCUGCCGUCUCAGUGGAGGUAGGGGGAUGGAGAGCCAUGCGACAGCAGAGACGCAGGGGUUACUGAUGUGUUGGAAACCGCGGAAGUGCCUGACAGUGGUCAUGUAGGAAUUAGGGCUUCUCCCCCAAAGAAGGUGGUGGGAUGAAUAGCCCCACUGAAGUGCACCUAUACCAAUGCAGGCGGCGUGGGCAACAAACAGGAGGAGCUGGAAGCCACUGUGCAGCAGGAAAACUGACAUAGUUGCCAUCAUGGAAACAUGAUGGGAAGACUGGCACAGCUGGAGUGCUGCAGUGGGUCACUAUAAACUGUUCAGGAGGGACAGGCAGGGAGGGAGAGGUGGUGGGGUAGCCCUGUGUGUUAGGGACAGUUUUUCUUGUCUAGAGCUUAAUGAUGGUGAUGAUAGGGUUGUGUGUUUAUGGGUAAGAAUCAGGGAAAGGCCAACAAGGCAGAUAUGGUGGGAGUCUGUUAGAAACCACCCAACCAGGGUGAAGAGGCAGAUGAAAUAUUCUAUAAGCAGCUGAGAGAAGUCUCACAAUCGCUAGCCCUUGUUCUUGUGGGAGACUUCAACCUACCAGAUACCUGCUGGAAAUACAAGGCAGCAGAGAGGAAACAGUCCAGGAGGUUCCUGGAGUGUGUGGAAGAUGGCUCCCUCACCAGCUGUGUCAGGAAGUUAACUAGGGGAGGUGCCCCACAGGACUUGUUUGCAAACUAAAAAGGACUUGUGGGCGAUGUGAGGGUUGGAGGAUGUAUUGGGCACAGUGAUCACAAAAUGGGGGAGUUUUCGAUUCUCAGAGUACUAAGGAGGGGGGCCAGCAGAUCUGCCACCUUGGACUUCUGGAGGGCUGCCUUUGGCCUGUUUAGGAGCCUGGUUGCUGGAGUCCCUUGGGAGGCAGUGCUGAAUGGCAGGGGAGUCCAGGAAGGCUGGGCAUUCUUCACAAAGGAAAUCUUAAAGAUGCAGAAGCAGAUCAUCCCCAUGUGCCACAAGAUGAGCUGGCAGGGAAGACCUGCCUGCCUGAAGAGAGAGCUUUGGCUGGAACUCAGGAAAAAAAAAGAGUUUAUCACCUUUGAGGGACAGGCAACUCAGGAGGACUACAAGGAUGUUGUGAGGUUAUGCAGGGAGAAAAUUAAAAGGGCCAAAGCCCAACUAGAACUUAAUCUGGGUAAUCGUUUCUUUUGUGAGGUCCCAUUUUCCUCUGUCAGCUCAACCUAUCUGGGGGAGAGACUUUCUUGAGAAAGUAAUUUGGGCUCAAGAUGGGCUGCCCUCAAUUUGUAAAGCAUUCAUCUGAAUGAAACGUUUGUAUUCCGUGUAAAAAGUGAAGAAACAAGUGACAAUUUCUGUUUCCAGUAUAGCUUUUGUUUUUUCCUACCCACAGAGGAACAGACAGCCGUCCUUUAAAAGGAAAGCACUUUUUUAUGGUAUGUCUUUGCUGGACAUACAAUAUAAACACUUAUGUUGACAGACUACACAAUCUGAUUGGGUUUUUUCCUAUUUAUUUUCUUUACCUAUAAGUAUUUCAGCAUCUCUACUUUAAAAAAAAAAAGGCACCACCACAACUUGCUGGAUGAUAACAGAUAUGAAAAAUAGGAAAAUCAAAUGGUAGCAUCAUUUUUUUUUUUUUUUAAAUCCGCGUGUGCCCCAGCAUACAGAAUAUAGUUGGCACUGGCUUUUUAAAGACAACUGCUGUAAUAAGAGGCCUUACUUUUUAUUUUAUUAAAUACUAUAUUUAUUUUUCUUUGCAUCAGCAAAUCUAGAGACCUUUCUUCUAAAAAAAGUUACUGGGAGGCAGACAGGAUUCAACAGAAAUAAUCUGUGCCAGUGGCUGUUUUCAGUAUGGACUGUAAUUGCCUAGCAGAGACUGUCUGACGUGCAGGGGAACACACCUCUGGCAUCCCUGCGGCUGUGUGCUUGAGAGUCUCUGGCACUAAAUUCUCAGUCGCUAGUUACUGAAAGAUGGCAGCUGCUUUUAUAUCCUCCUGACUCUGAUAGGAAAUGCGGAAGAAGCAUAUUAAUAUAUUAAAACCAAAACCAAGCCAGUCCUGGGAGGGGCAAGUCUUGUACAUUAUUUACAGGCUCACAUUGUAUGUUAGGAUUGACAAUAGCAUUGACCUUGCAGAAAAGAAAGAGGCGAAUACCAUAAAAUCUCUGGAACCAUCUUGGGUUUUCUGACUGCUAUCCUCAGAUUAAGCAAUUAGUUACAUAUCUUUUUGGAAGCAUUAGAAAUAGGCUGUUUCUGUUGUGAACUGCAUAGGUAAAGAGUUUUCAAACACUUUCAUUCUAAGAUUUUAAAAGAUUGGUUAAUUAUCUUCAUGUUUAAAUUCAUUAAAUGGUAAAACCCCCCUAGCCAGAGCCUAUGAUUCCCAUCUCUGAAAAUAGGAUGUGUGAAAAUGACCCAAUAGCACAUUGUGAUUUUAAUGCGUUUUGGGACAGAAGCAUGACAGCAGGAAAGUCAGGGAAGUUUGAGAAGCACAGAAAAGUUUAUUUAUUUAAGAAAAAAGAAAAAAGGAAAAAAAAUAACUAUACCUAUGUAAAAUGCCAUACAGCUCCUGCAUGCACUCUUGGGAGCCUGCACGGGGGUGGAUCUUACAGUGCUCUCAGGGUUUGAUCACAAACUCGGGCCGGGGUUGCAUUCUCACUUCUUGUGUCAUUGCUUUUGUAAGUAUGUGUGUGUGUAUUCUCCAUCUCUGGCUACUGGUCGGUUGACUCAUGCUACACACAAAUGAACUCCAGUAUUUUUUUUAGAUGUUUGUGCUGAGUUUCUUUGAGGCCAAUGGCUGCACGUCGGCAGGUCUUCCAGUCAGUCUGUCCCCAUGACCUGCCACCAAAAAUGAAGCACAUUCCAGUCACCACAAGAAGGGAAGUAAGUACCUGUCUCCUGUCCUCUAGUUGUAGGAAAUGCCACCACACCCUAUUGUCUGUAUGGCAGUUAUUUCCAGUAUAUAGUCAUUGGUGUGGCCACUGAAUAUUCCUCACACCGAGCAUGUAAAUACAUGUAUUUCUUAGUCUAGUCCUGCACAAAUCCAGUGAGCAAAGAGACAGGGAGAUAUCUGUCACACCCACCAUUAAAGACAGGAUCUGGUGUUCCUUUGCUUGACAUCCAUGGCGUGCACACUAAUGCUGGCUUCAUCUUGCUAAACAUUACCAAGUUAGUGGUCCACGCACCUUCCUGGUGGUCUGUUGUUCAUUCAUGUGCAGAUGUGGCAACUUAAUGAUGGAUGAUGGCACAAGCUGAUGAAGACCCGUAAAUAUAAGUGUUCAGCUUUUUUUUUUUUUUUUUUUUUUUCUCCCCUGACCAGAUAACUAUCUUUAAUUUUAGCCCCCAGUUUUCAGG